AUGUUAAGAUCAAAAAUCUUACCACAAGUUUUAAAUCAAGCAGUUAGCAACUCAGAUACUAAAGGUGUUUUAUUAAUGAAAGAUGAUGGUUCAUUAAUUGCAUGCUCAGAAGAAUCACCAAGUUCACAUAAUAUUUCAAAAAUUGUUGCAGCUAUUACUGCUAAUAUUUGGACUGCAUAUAAUAGAAAUUCAGAUUUACAAUAUCAAUUAAUUGAUUGCGAAACACAAAAAUUACGUGAAUAUUUAGAAGAGCCACUUAAUAGCGUUGAGCAAAUAUAG